UACAUCUCUACCGCUCUCGCGGGCGAAAAAAAGUGCAGUGCAGCGAAAAGUUGGUGCUCCAGUGUCCAGACCAGGAAAUAAUUCAAAAGUCGUAUCGAAACGGCGAACGUUAUUGCUUUUCGCUAGCGCGCAAUAAAAGAUAUAAUUGUCGGGAAGAACUGCAUUUGAUUGGUUUGCCCGUCGUUAUUAUUUGUUUGUCUGUGCGAGUGGCGAAGGAAACGAAAGAAACGAAAAUCGUGAAUAAAGCGGAACGCUGAUAAGCACGAAUCGUGAGAAGAAAACAGAAGAACAGCGAAUUGCAUUUUGCAUUUUGCACUUGGCAAAACAAAUUCACACGACCACAUUGCACCAGGAACCAUUUAAAGAAGAAGACUGAACAACCACGCCCACGAAGUACUUGAAAACUAAUAAAUCAAAAGCCACCGCUCAAGUAACUCAAAAGCACACAAUCAAAUCCCCAAGAAAUCCACUCGUCGGAGAUCAAGAGUCAGGGAGCCAAGAGACCAAGCCAAUCGCAGCCAAGAUGUCGUCGCGUUCCAAGGAGAGAGUAGUCACUGCAUUCCGCAAAAUCUUCCACAAGUCCACCAAUAACAAUAAUAACAACAACCAUAAUAAUAACAUUAACAAUAACAACAACAACAAUGACAAGGUCGAUGGCGCCACUGGCAGCAGUCCGAAUAUAAACAACAGUAAUAAUAAUAACAACAAUCACGAUGGCGCAGCACCCUCUACUGCAGGAGGCGUCGCCAUGGGCGCUGGAGCAGUAGGAUCAUCGGGAUCGGGAUCCGGUGCCUCCAAAAAUGCCGUAGUUCGAAUGGCUGCCGAGCAGGCUGUUUGGGAUUCCCCAGGCAAGCGGCGACGACAAGAUCACAAGGUGGCGCCGACGACGGAACGCCAGCUGGUGGCGGCGCCGGAUCAGACGAUUCGAUCCCGCCGCCUAAUGAAGGAAUACCGCGAAAUGGAGCGACUGCAGACCAAGAACGAUGCUGUCUUCACAGUGGAACUCGUCAACGAUAGCCUGUUCGAGUGGCACGUACGCCUACAUGUGAUCGAUCCCGACUCGCCCCUGGCCAGAGAUAUGGUCGAGAUGGGUGUGCCGGCCAUCCUGUUGCACCUCAGUUUCCCCGACAACUUCCCCUUCGCCCCGCCAUUCAUGCGCGUGGUGGAGCCACGCAUCGAGAAGGGUUACGUGAUGGAGGGUGGUGCCAUCUGCAUGGAGCUCUUAACGCCUCGCGGAUGGGCCAGUGCCUAUACAGUGGAGGCGGUCAUCAUGCAGUUCGCAGCCAGCGUGGUCAAGGGUCAGGGCAGGAUUAUGCGGAAGCCAAAGAGUACAAAGGAGUUCACUCGACGCCAGGCGGAGGAGUCGUUCCGUUCGCUGGUGAAGACACACGAGAAGUACGGUUGGGUGACGCCCGCCCUGUCCGAUGGUUAAGCGACGCUUACGGAGUCUGGCCCGCAAGGAAACUCUGCUCAGAUGCUCUGCGUUUGCCAACACAACCAAUGCAAUUUAAUAUUCAGCCACCCCGCAAAGUUCGCUCAUAGUAAUACAUCAAGCCAUCUAUCCAUCUAUAUACUCUCUUUUUGUUUCAUCUACUUGUCAAGUAACGAACGAUUUCAAUUGCAAACCAUCCAAAGCAACAAGACGAACUUUAAGAAACAAGCAACAAGUAAAAACAAAACAAGGCAACGGAAACAAUGGAAAAACGCGCAUCAAGUAACAAAUUAGCUUAAAGUGUAACUCUAGCUCGUAGUCAUCAGUAAAUCAUACGUUUCGCCGAAUACAAAAUGGA